AUGGAAGCAGACGGCGGCAAUGACGAGAUACUGGUGACCAAAAAGAAGUACUACACAAUCAUCAAAACAGAUUUGCUCAUUCCUGGCGACGGCGAUCCUAUAGAAAAGGCAGCUCUCGUGAUUGAGAGGAAGAUUAUCGUCUGGGUUGGGUUCGAGGCUGAGCUUCCAAGGCUGUAUCAAGACGCUCCCCAUCGAACUUUCAAGAUGCAUUACACUAUGCCAGGUCUUUGGGAGGUUCACUCGCAUUUCGGUGGUGAAAGCCCAGACGAUACUGAGUCUGGCUAUAUAGCCUUUAUUGCAACGCACCCUGCAUCAGCAGGUGCUCGUCUGGCAAAGGGUUGUUGGGAAGCGCUACAACGCGGCUACACAUCUCUCCGUGACGUUGCCGGCCUGGGUUGCGAAGUGGCCAAGGCCGUAGAUGAUGGCUCUAUCGUCGGGCCGAACAUCUACAGUUGUGGUGCUGGCCUCAGCCAGCUGGCUGGCCAUGGUGAUAUACAUGAUUUGCCCGCUGGAGACAUAAUAAACAACAUUGGUAUCAAGAAUGUCCAGGCCGGCCACUGGGGAAGCGGAUCAUCCUUGGUCAUUGAUGGGGUUGAUGAGUGUAGACGAGGGGUGCGUCUGCAGAUUCGUCGUGGUGCGAAAUGCAUCAAAGUUAUGGCCUCGGGUGGAGUUGGAUCUCGCGACGAUAAUCCGCUAUAUGCUCAGUUCAGCAAAGAAGAGCUCGAUACCAUUGUGGCAGAGGCCAACAGGCAAGGGCGCUCUGUUGCUGCGCACGUCCAUGGCAAGCCUGGUAUCUUGGCCGCAGUCAGGGCGGGCGUUACCACUGUAGAGCACGUUUCAUUUGCUGACCAGGAGUGUAUCGAUCUCAUCAAGGAGCGGGGUACCAUCUAUGUAGCAACGCGUUUUGUAGUCGAUUCCCUCAUCAAGACGGGAGGUAAGGGUAUACCCAAGUCGACCUGGGAGAAGGCCAAGCUCUGCGCGACCAACCACGAGGCUGCGUACAAGCUGGCUAUUGAUAAUGGCGUCACGUUUGCUCUUGGUACGGACACGCCACCAGGUUUCAACUGCGCAGUCGAGCUGGAGUACGCCGUGAAGGCGGGAAUGACAAACUUGGAGGCUAUCAAGGCUGCAACCGCCAACGGUCCUCUGACAGUGGGCGCCCAAGCACCAAAGACGGGUCAACUGAAAGAAGGUUACGAGGCUGAUAUUUUGGGGCUUACUCAAAAUCCCGUAACAGAUGUCAAGGUGUUGCAAAACAAAGACAACAUCCAAUACGUGUUCAAAGGAGGGAAGCUCUUUAAAGGACCUUGUGUAGGUCCAUGGGGCGAGGAUUAUGUUUUGGAGUAA